UUCUCCCUUUAGGGACCCACCCAGUCUCUCCAGGAUUGACAGCCCCUGCUGCCCGGGGACACUCGGAGGGCUCCCUGGCUUGGGUGUGGGGCCCUGAAGAGGGAGGAGGAUUCCGUGGUGCCACUGUGGACCCCCUUGACUGAGUCCCUGCCCUCCCCAGCCCUGCCCGGAUGUCUACUGGUUCCCCAUCUUCACGGAGGCGGCCUGUGACGAACUGGUGGAGGAGAUGGAACACUUUGGCCAGUGGUCUCUGGGCGACAACAAGGACAACCGCAUCCAGGGUGGCUAUGAGAACGUGCCGACUAUUGACAUCCACAUGAACCAGAUCGGCUUUGAGAGGGAGUGGCACAAAUUCCUGCUGGAGUACAUUGCGCCCAUGACGGAGAAGCUCUACCCCGGCUACUACACCAGGGCCCAGUUUGACCUGGCCUUUGUCGUCCGCUACAAGCCUGAUGAGCAGCCCUCACUGAUGCCACACCAUGAUGCCUCCACUUUCACCAUCAACAUCGCCCUGAACCGAGUCGGGGUAGAUUACGAGGUGAGCAGGAGCCAGCCAGGGUCAAGGGGCCAGCAGUGGGGAUAUUGAGGUCCGA